CCAAGGCGCCGCAACAACAUCAGCAGCAGCAAGCAAGCAGCAGCGUCGCCGUCGUCGUCGCUGUCGUCGUUGUCGUCGUCGAUGUCGAUGUUGUAGAUGCCGUUGUUCAAAUCCUAAAAACUCGGGUGUGUGCGCGUGCAGAGCAUGUGAAAAUUGCACGACGUUUGCAGAUACGUUGCGAAUUUAUUUAUAACAAAUUCACGAAAAUUAUGAAAAUCGUCGUACUCGAAAACAAAACCAACAAUAAGCAGUUGCAGUGUGUGUGUAAAUAGGCAAAUGAUUAAAUUAAUAAAACAACAGGAAAAUAAAUAGGAAUAAAUAAUACAACAAAUAACAUAUUGUGAGUGCAACAACAACAACAGCUAGUUGUAAUAGUAUUAGUAAAAAUGCAAGUGCAACAGUUGCAACAACGGCAGCCGCAGUUGCAUGGCGUCUUUUAAGCGUCGCCAAAGCGAUUUGUUGUUGUUGCUGUUUCUUUGUUGUUACAACAGCAACAGCAACAUCAGCAGCAACUUGAAGUGUUAACAACAACAGCAACAACAAGCAGCAGCAGAAGAAGUAGUGGAAGAAACAGAAACGAAGUGAAACAUUACAUAUGUUGUGAAUAUGUUGCAGUGCAAUGCUGUUGCAUCUGAGCAGCCCAGUGAUAACAACAACAACAACAAGAACCACAACAACAACACUUCAUUUGCAACAGCAGCAACAACAAUUGAAACAACAUCGAAUUCUGAGCGCAACAACAAGUGUUUAAGCCAAAAGAGUUCGGCAUGAAAUGGAAGCAGCUAUACGCUCCUCUUCAGUGCAGGUCGGUGCUCCGCCGCCCACAAACAACGCCACAAACGGUGGACAACAACAACAACAGCAGCAACAACAGCAACAACAUCAGCAGCAACAACAGCAGCAGCAGCAACAACAACAGCAGCAGCAACAACAUCAUCAGCAACAACUUCAGCAACAGCUUCAUCAUCAUCAUCAUCAUACACAGCAGCAGCAGCAACGUGUUGCCAGCAAUCAACAGCAGCAGCAACAUAACGCGGCAGCAACAAACGCUGCCGCGUCGCAUCAAGUGCAUGAUAAUGGACCAACGUCCCAUCAUCUACAUCAUCAGCAACAGCAGCAGCAACAUCCACAAACAACAGCGUCUAAUCAGCAGCAGCAGCAAAACAAAACAACGCAACAGCAACAGCAGCAACAAAAACAACAGCAGCAGCAACAGCAGCAGCAACAACAACAACAACAGGCUGCGAAUAUGUCUGCGUAUCAACAACGUUUGUCAGCUGCCAGUGCAUCGCCGAUUCAUAGAUCGUACAGGACACUCGAGCAGCAGACGCAACAGUACGUUAAGAGCCUCGGACACCUGCAACCGCAUCAGCAGCAGCAGCAACAGCAGCAGCAGCAGCAACAACAAAUGCAUCACCACCACCACCAUCAGCAAUCGCAUCAGCAGCAGCAGCAACAACAGCAGCAGCAGCAACAACAGCAGCAACAACAACAGCAGCAACAAUCAUCACGAUCGGCAGCAAGUCCAUUGUCACCGCCACGUCCUGGACCGGGAAGUGCGGCAGCUGCAGCGGCUGCAAAUAGUUAUGCCAAGUUUGCGGAUGCACCACAGCGUUUCCUACAGCAACCGUCGUAUAGCAUUAUUGCACCGGUGGGAAACUAUCGGGAGAAUCAUUAUAUGCGGAUACCUCAACUUCAAGCCUCCGUACCAGAAUUUCAGCAGCGUACGGCGCGUGCUGCAACGGUUGCGACAGCAUCAGGUUGCAAGUCUGGUGGCCAAGUUGUUGGUGCUGGUGGCGCUGGUGGUGCAGCCAGUGGUGGUGUUGUCCAAGUUGCUGCCCAAAUGGCACCACCCGGUGCACAACCUGGCGGUGUGCUCGUCAUGGAAGCCAUGUCCCAUUAUGCCAGCCAACAACAACAACAGCAGCAGCAGCAGCAACAACAGCAGCAGCAGCAACAGCAGCAGCAACAACAACAAGCGUCGAGCAGCAGCAAUGCAGCGGCGAGUCAACAACAAGUUGGUGGCGGAGUUACACCACCGAACAGCGGUGGCAACAUUAUGGUGGGCGGCCAGCGUUUGUUGUUGCCGCCACACCAUCCGUUGCAAUACACCAAUGAAUACCUGACCACUGCAGCAACUGCCGCAGCUGUGGCAGCAGUCAAUCAGCGUCUGCAGCAGCAGCAGCAGCAACAGCAACAGCAGCAACAUGCACCACCAGAGCCACCUGGUAGUGUGGGGCAACCCUAUAAGAAGCAGCGCCUGAGUGAGGCAAAUGCCAGCAACAUGAAUCACCUGCCACACCAGCAACAACCGCCGCCGUCGUCGUCGCAGCAGCAGCAGCAACAAAAGCAACAGCAACAACAGCAGCAGCAGCAACAACAACAACAACAACAACGUUCGUCACCCGCUCAGCUGUUAAAUAGUCGUCAGAGCAAUCAUGGACCCUUAAUUCAUAUGAACGCACUUAAAUCGCUAUCCCUGCAACAGCUCAAGGUAGAGACGCUGCAACCACAACAACAGCAGCAACAGCAGCAACAGCAACAACAGCAGCAACAGCAGCAGCAACAGCAACAACAGAUGACGUCACAGGCGCACGCACCACGUGCUCUGGCACCACCGCCAACAAUGACAACAUCAUCAACUGCCACCGGCGGUGCACAAUUGGUCAGCUCCUCCGUGAGUGUCUCUACGGCGACAAUGAACAGCAGCGGUUCGGUGGCAGCUGCAGCAGCGGCAACCAGCUCUGAGGCAUACCAUCCCCAGGUGGAGGCCAUUUCUCCAACGCUGCCUAGCGACAAUGCCGAUGAGCGUGGCAGGAUCAACAGCAACAACAACAACAGCAGCAACAGCAACAGCAGUAGCAGCAACAACAACAGUAGCAGCAGCAGCGCCAAAGAGGAACUGUUGAUGCAAAUCCAAAAGGUGGACAAUGAGAUCAAAUGCGCUGAAACGGCAAUGGAGACAUUACGUAAAAAGGAGAAAACAUUGAUGGAUGAGGCAGCGGCAACGGCAGCAAUGGAGAAACAACAAAAAGCCGCCGCCGAUUUGGCUGCCACCGAGAGUGGCAAUGAGAUAAUGGAGCUGGCGUGGCGUACACAAAUGUUGGCCCAAAGUAUCUAUGAGGCGAACCGUAAAACGGCCGCCGCACAACAUUCCGUGGUGAGUCGAGCGGGCGGCAAUGAACGGCCACGCCCCUGGCUGCCCCUUUACAAUCAACCGCUCGAUGUGGAAGCUUUAACACAUUUAAUAAAACGUCAUCAGACAAUGGUUAGAAAUCCAUUAUUAUUGCAUAUACGCAAACUGAAGGCGGAACGAUGGGAGCACAAUCAGGGAUUGGUUGAGAAAUAUACCAAGGAUCAGGCGGAUUGGCAGCGACGCUGCGAACGGGCGGAGGGUAGUGCCAAGCGUAAGGCGCGUGAGGCAAAAAAUCGUGAAUUCUUUGAGAAAGUCUUUACGGAAUUGCGCAAGCAACGUGAGGAUAAGGAACGCUUCAAUCGUGUCGGAUCACGCAUUAAAUCCGAAGCGGAUCUUGAGGAGAUCAUGGACGGUUUGCAGGAGCAGGCAUUGGAGGAUAAAAAGAUGCGCUCAUAUGCGGUCAUACCGCCAUUAAUGCACGAUGCCCGCCAACGACGUUGUGCCUAUCACAAUGAGAAUGGACGCAUUGAGAACAUUGUGGCGAUGCAUGAGGAACGCAAGGCCAUUAAUCUUUGGACAGCCGGUGAGAAGGAGACCUUCAAGGAGAAAUAUUUACAGCAUCCAAAGAAUUUUGGUGCAAUUGCGGCGAGUUUAGAUCGCAAAUCACCGCAAGAUUGCGUACGUUAUUACUACCUCAGCAAAAAGACGGAGAACUAUAAGCAGCUGCUACGCAAAUCCCGUCAACGUACGCGCAGCAGUCGCAAUCCGGCCAAGACACAGGCAGCCCAACCGCAAUGCAUUAUCGAUUCCCUAACCACGGGCGUCACAACCCGAUUGCAGCGGGAACAGCAACAGAAAUCGGGUAAUCGGACCAGCGCUGUUGCCGAGCGUGAACGCGAGAGAGUUGCGGAAAAAGCUGCUGCCGAUGCGGCAAAAGCAGCGGAAAGUGCUGCGGAAAAAGCGAGUGCCGUUAGUAAAGCAGCAGAAGUGGCAGCUGGCAAUGAGAAGGUGGCCAAAAGUGUUGCUGCUGCCAUUGUGGCAGCUGCGGCAGCAGCAGCAGCCGCAGCGGCGGCAACAACCACAACAGCCGCAACAACAACAACAGCAGCUGCAACAACAACACCAGCUGCAACAGCAGCAUUAGCAACAACAACAACAACGGUUGAUAAAACGCUGGAUGCAGCUGCGGAUAAGCAUGCAACAUCAUCAGCUGCCGCAACAACAACAACAACCACAACAACAAAUGAGAUCUCAACGGGCAGCAGUGAAGCCAAAAACAAAAGCGCUGACGAGGAAGCUGCUACAGCAGCAGCAGCAACAGCAGCAACAGCAGCACUUCCAACUGCUGCAGCAGCAACAGCAGCAACAACAUCCUCCGCCACAAGUUCAAGUGCCGCAGCAGCAGCAGCAGCAGCAACAACCGCAACAACAACAACAACGACAAUAGCCACAGCAACACCAGUGACAGCAGCAGCAGCAACAACAACUGAAACGACAACUGUUGAGGCAACCACCGCUGGAGGCGCCACUGGAACGCCCAAGGUGUCCAAAUCGCAGGUGCCAACGGUCGAUGUCACUGGAGAUGUCCCUAAAACAGUUGAAAUGUCGGCGGAAACAGACGAGUCGCUGGCCAAGAGUAAAGCAGCAACGACUGUCAAUGCCGAUAGCUACAAUGCAACUGCAGCUGCAACAGGUACUGCAUCAGCAACCAGUGCCACGCCCACAACAACGCCCGCUGUUAGCGUAGCGCUUAACGGUUUUAAGCCCGGUUAUCAGAGUGUCGUCAUGAGCAAUGUGAAGGCGCCAGUGCCACAUGGCAUGGAUGAUGCCACAACUGGAGCAGCAACCGGUGGAGCGUCAACAAAUGCAACAGGCGAUAAAAUCGUCAAGACAACAACUACAACAACAACAUCAGCAGCUGCUCCUUCUGCUUCUGGCUUCGCUGUGCCGAAUGUGGCAGCAACGGAACCUGUCAGCGGUGUGGCAACUCUGACAACAGCCACCACAGCUGGCAACUAUCUUGGCCAGAAGCUGAAGGCGGCACAAGUUGAAGGACUUGGUGCCGGCAACGAGUUACACUCGGAUGUUAGUGAUCCCAAAAAGAAACGUUUUGAGAUGAUGCCUGGCGGCGAGUCAAAUAACGCCAUCAACGCUAACAACAACAACAACAGUAACAAUAAUAAUAACAACAACAACAGCAGCAGCAGCAACAGCAGCGCCAACAACAACAGUAAAUUGAACGCCAAAGAUUCGUCCAAUCAAAUCACAUCCAUUGGCAAAUCAGGUGCCAUCACAUUGACCCCAUCGUCAUCGUUUUUGUUAAUCAUGUCCACAGCAUCGACAGUGACAACAACAACAACAACGUCAACGGCAACAUCGACGUUGUUGUCAGAUGGCGGCAACAAUAUGUUGACCACAUCGGAGAUUAUCGCAUUGGAUGGCAAAGAUAAACUGGCAAGUUGUUUUGUAUGCAAGGCGGAGGCGUGUCCGCGAACGCGACCACUGAAAAAGGGGCGUGGCCAGCAGUAUGCGAUACCAGAUGAAACGAUACCAACGGGCGCCCGUGUCUGCAACAGUUGUCAGUGUAAAUCGGUGAGGAAUCGUUAUCCCAACUGUCCGUUGCCCACAUGUCCCAAUCCAAAGGAUCGAGCCCAGCGAUUGCGUAAUAUUCCCACACGGAUAUUUGAAUUGUCGGCGGAGGUGCGGGAUCCAUUGAUGGCCGAGUUUCAGAUACCGUUGCAUGCCACACGCUGUUGUUCCGCCUGCCUGAUGCGCAUACGUCGCAAACUGGAUCCACAAUUGAAUCUAACGGAUGAUGAGCGACGUCGUGGACUUGGCGGCGCAGGUGGAGGCGUGGCUGGAGAUGGCAGCGGUGGUGACGAAACGGAUGUGAGCACCUCGUCAUGUGAUGAGAGGGAACCGGGAGGAUCUGAUACGGCCUCUGUGGACAGUCCCGAGAAUCUGCAGCGUCACAAGUCGCAGCUCAGCAAGCAGCAGCAACAGCAGCAGCAGCAGCAGCAACAGUUGCCACAGCAACAACAGCAACAGCAUCAACAACAACAGCAGCAGCAGCAGCAACAACAACAACAGUUGCCACAACCGCCGCCAGCGCCACAAAAGCCACAACAGUCAACAUUGCGCAGUGUAGCAGAUGCCUCAGGUGCCGCAUUGACCAUUACGCCAACUCGAAUGACCUCCAAGUUGACAACAACAGCAGCAGCAACAGCAGCCACAACAGCAAUAACAACAUCAACAACAACAACCACAGACAAUGAGCGACUGUUGCCGCCGGCAUGUCAAGCGCCUAAAAAGCAAAAGACUAGCGAAGAAUACGAUUCAUCGGCAACGGAGACAGCGGAUGAGGAGAAUGAGAAUUCUCCAGCGAAUCGUCAAAGUCCCAAGGUGAUCUUUAAUGCAGUCACACAUGCGCAUGGAGCACAUGGAGGACAUGGGCAUGGCAACAAUGUGGCAGGCUUGCAGCCACCAAAUGCAGCUGUGGCAGCAGCUGUUGCCAUGACCGGUCAGCAGCAACAACAACAGCAGCAACCAAAUGGUCCAAUGAGUUUGAGACGUGAAGCGGUUAACAAUGUGCAGGAUUGUGUUUACUCUGUGAUUGAGCGACAAUUGAAGCAGCAACAGAAGGGACCACAAUUGCCGGGCAACAACAAGCAAGGCAGCCAACAACAGCAGCAACAACAACAGCAGCAGCAGCAGCAGCAACAACAACAGCAGCAACAACAACAGCAGCAGCAGCAACAGCAGCACAACAAUCUGGAACGCAAAGAGCUAACAAUUGUGCGAGAAUAUCGACAAGAUGGCAAUGCAUUGCUCAAGCAGCAGCAGCAGCAGCAGCAACACCAACAGGCGCCUCCUCCUGGCUUGCCACAUGGCACCUCCGUGCAAAAGUUGAGUUCACGCGCUGUGGUGCAACCAUCAGCAACAAACUUGAACAGCAGCAGCAGCAACAGCAGCCAUAGUCACAGUCAUGCGCAUAGCAAUAGCAACAGCAGCAAUGCCAGCAGCAGCAGCAGCAGCAACAACAACAACAUCAUCAGCAACAGCAACAAUGGCGAUAAUUUGGCCACUUUGAUACCAACUGUAGUUAACUCACAUCUAGCAAUUGCUGCUGCACAUCAUGUGCACAUGUCGCAUCCAGCAUUGUUGCAACAACAACAGCAACAACAACAACAACAAGUGAGCGUGGAUAAAGCAACGAUAACGCCCGUGCUAAAAAAGAGUUCAGUAACGCCAACACCAACCGAAACAAUUAUCUACAGUCAUGUGACACCACAGCAACAGCAGCAACAACAACAACAGCAGUCGCAGUCACAACAAACCGCACCACCAGCAACACAUGCUGUGUUGCGUGCUGCCGCUGGACUUGAAGAACCACAAACAUUAGAUUUGAGCAUUAAAAAACCACCACGCGAUGGACAUUCACCACACACAGGUGGACCAAGCGGUGGCUCAACAUCAUCAUCAUCAUCGUCAGCAGCUGUUGCUGAGCGUCAUCAUGGUGUCCCGCCACCGAUGAGUGGUGCUAUGAAGCAUAUUGUACGCUCAGCGCCCAUGUAUCGUGGUGAGGCGGUGCAAACGUUAUCUGUAACCGGUGCACCACCAGCCUCCACAUAUUUGCCCUAUUCCCAAAUGCAUGGAGUUGGUGUCGGUGUUGGUGUGGGCGUGGUUAAGGCGUCUCCAGUGGGUGCAGUGGGUGGUGUGCCUGGCUCAUUGUAUGUGCAGCCCGUAAAUGUGUCGAUGGGUCAGAGUCAAAUGACACGUCCAACGCCACCACCGCCAGCAUUGCCACAGCCGCCAGCAACACGUGUCUCCAAGUUGCCACCCAAACUGAGUCCACAGCAACAGCAGCAACAUUUGCAUGGUCAAGCGCCAUCGCCACAACACCAACAACAACAGCAGCAGCAGCAACAACAACAGCAGCAACAACAAUCGCCAGCAACAUCCUCACAACAUCAACAAUUGCAGGUGGUUAAAGUGGGCUCAAUUACACAUGGCACACCAGCAAAUAGUGGACAACAACAGCAGCAACAACAACAGCAACAGAUAAUUGUACACGCCGCACCCUCCUCACUGCUCAGUCCAAAAUACGAGAGUCUUGUGAGACAAACUCCGCCGGGCAGUUGUCCAGAUACGGGUAAACAUGGCUCGAUAACACAGGGAACUCCAUUGCAUUUGCCACCACAUCAUUUGGAGAGUAAACGCACCUAUGAUUUCUAUAAGAGCUCACAGCGUUUAAGUCCCGCACAGGCACCGCCACCACCACAGCAAUCAUCGCCACAGGCGCCACCACCGCAAGGUUAUGGUGUCGGUGUUACCGUGGGCUUACCGUACUCUCGUUCGCCCUACGGCAGCGUUGUUGAGCAACCGUCGGUGUUGAGUUCACGUCAGAUUGUCAUCAAUGAUUACAUUACAUCGCAACAGAUGCAGGGACAACAGCAACGAAAUGUCUCACGCGGCAGCAGCAGUGCUGGCGGUGGUGCAGGUUCCGGUUCCGACAAGGAAUCCCCUUCGCCCCGCAACAGUGUUAGCGGUGGCUCAGCCGUCUAUGCGGCCUAUGAGAAGGAACCUCAACCACGUGGACGCGCCGAAUAUUCAAGUCGCGCCUCUCCAGCUGAUCAUUCCAAUAGCACGCCCAGUCCGCAUCGCACGCCUCCGCCACAACGCCAGGGCGUCAUCCAGCGUCAUAACACGGGCUCCAAGCCACCUUCACCCGCUGCGCCGCCACCGAGUCGGCUGCACCUUGUCACGCCCUACAAUUAUCCACCAGCUGGUCACGAUGCGUUGGCCUCGUUUGUGGACGUGGCGGUGCAGCAACCACAAUUGCCAGUGCCAUCGCAAAAGGAUGACAAAUCAGUAUCCUCACAGUCACAGGCGCCACAGUCGCAACCGCCGCCACCGACGCAUGUUCAGGUGUCGCAAGCACCACCACCACCGGCGGCACAUCAUGAUCUACGUUAUCGUGAUCCCAUGGCGGCGAUCCAUCAUCAACAACAGAUGGCGGCUGCAGUGCAUCAGCAUAACCAGUUUGCACAGCAUUACAGCAGAUUGAAUGCGUUGCAUCACAUGGAGCAGGCGAAGCGCGAUCAGCGACAACAGAACAUUGAGCGGGAUCGAGAGAUGAUACAGAAUCAGGAACGGAUGCAGCAUCGCAUCGAUCGACAGCGCGAACAGGAGCGUCACCGUCGCGAUCAGGAGAGACGCGAACAAGAUCGUGUCGCCGAUGAGCGAGACAGUCGUCGCAUUGACCGAAUGGAUCGUAUGGAGAAGUUCAUUGCCAAUAGUGUGCCACCGCAGGUGCAUCAUCAUGGCCUGCCCCAUGCGCAUGGUCACUAUAUGCGUGGUCCGGUGCCAGAGACUGGGCCACCACGCACCAUUUCCGAUCGCGAUCGAGAUGCUUACUAUCGACAGGCACAUGGAACAAAGCCGCCAGAUGAUGCACCUGGUCAGUUUAGCGCUCAGAGUCUGAUCGAUGCGAUAAUCAAGCAUGAAAUCAGUCGCACCGGCGACAUAAGCAGCAUGCCUCGUGACAUACCCCGUCCCUCAUACUAUCAACGCGAUUUGCGGCAAGCACAUGAAGGCGGCGCCGUCUCAUUGUUGGCGGCUGAGAACAAUGGCAAAGCGAACUCGAGUUCGCCCAAUGUCAUCAACAUUGAUCUCGAUCAGGAGCAGCGCAUCUCAUCGAAUCCACAGCAACAACAGCAGCAGCAGCAGCAACAACAGCAACAGCAACAACAAUCACAACCGCCAACAGGUUCAAGUCGUUCGGUGCAUGGCUCGAUGCGUGGUCAGGUUGUUGCAACAUCGCAUCAUGGCACGCCCACAUCGCAGUCGGGCAGCGGCAUGCCGCCCACACAACAGCAGCAGCAGCAACAACAACAACAGCAGCAACAGCAGAUUCAUACCAAGAGCAUUACAUUUGGCGAAUUAACGGACUCGAUCAUUGCCAAUGAUUACGGCCCAACUCCGCAUUUGCGUCCCGCUUUUAUACCCUAUAUGCAGGAUGCGGCACAGGCAAUAUUAACGCCCGAUCGCUGGAAACAGAAUCGUCGACAGCAACAGAAGCAGGCGGAGGCAGAGGAGCGUGCCAAGCAGUCGCCAAUCAAUGUCAUUGACAGCGGACGUGGCAGCAGCAACAGCAACAGCGGCGGCAGCAGCAGCAGCGGCGGCGGCGGCAGUGUCAGUGGCAGCAGCAACAGCAGCAACAGCGGCAUCAACAACAACAACGGCAACAACAGCAUUGGCACACCAAGUGGCAGUGGUGGACGCUCCAAUACGCCUGGCGAGGAUGCACGCAACAUAAUACGCAUGCCACAGGCGGUCAGUCCCCGCAAAUAUGCCCAUGAGCUGAUCAUGCAACAGGCGGCAGCAGCCGCUGCUGGCGUUGAUCCCAGUCACUUUUAUCUAUCUGCUCCAGCUGGCGUUGUCAGUCGCAGUGCUGGCGGCGGUGGAGGUGGCGGCGGUGUCAUAGGCGGUGCUGGUGUGCCGCCCACAAGCAGCGAUCAGCGCGGCGGCAGCGAACAGCGCAGCGGUGGCGGCUCUGGUUCCAAUUUCGAUAACUAUGUUAAGAAUCGCAUUGCGGAAGUGAUGCGCGAUGAUAUCGGCUAUGGCAAGAAUCGCAUUGUUGAGGUGCUGCGACCCGAAUUCGAGGAGCAUCUGCAUGCGGCCCAUGCGGCACAUGCAGUGCAUGCGGUGCAUGCUGCUGCCGUGGCCGAGCACAACGAACAACAACAGCAGCAGCAGCAGCAGCAACAACAGCAACAGCAACAAAUGCGUGGCAAGGACACAUUAUCCACUCAUGAGAUAAGCGUAUCACGCAAAACGCCCAAUCAAUACGAGGUGAUCGACAGCGGCCGACGCUCUGCCAGCAGCAGCAGCGCUGGCUCUAACAGUCAUCAUGCGAGCGCUUAUCAUGCGGCACCGCCACCGCCGCCGCCAUCAGCGGUCAAUGCAUUUGCGGCCAGCACAUAUGCGUAUCCAUUCAGCGCAUUGACAGUGCCCAGCGCUGCCGGACCGCCGCCGAUGCCGCUGUCGCUGCAAACGGGAGCGUCGAGUCAUUUGAGCGCCAAGGCGGCGCAUGCAUUGAGCAAGGUGAGCGCUGCUGCUGGUCUGGUGGUUGCUGGUGGCACAACAGCAGCAGCUGGUGUUGGUGUUGGCAGUGUUGGUGUUGUUGGCGGUGGCGGUGGCGGUAAUGGUGGUGUUGGUGUUGGUGGCAUUGGUGGCAUUGGCGGCUCCGUUGGCGGUUGUGGUGGUCAGCAUAGUGCCAGCGUUUUGGCAGCAGCAGCAGCAGCUGCAUCCGCCGCAUUGGCGGCAGCAAGUGAACCAAAACCGCUGCUGUCAUCCAAGUAUGAGGCGCUAAGCGACGAAGAUUAGUUGUGACUGCAGGCGUCGUCGUCCGGCAUGCGCAGUCUGACGGCAGCAGCGACGGCGCCUCCAGCAGCAUCGAAUUCACACAGCGCAGCCAAUGUCUAUCAACAGCAGCAACAACAACCACAAAUCACCUGGACAACUGCUGGCUAUCGACGUCAUCAAACACAGCAGCAGCAACAGCUGCAACAGCAACCAACACCAGCAACAUCACAACAGCAACAACAGCAACAAAGACAGGCGCAUUAUCAGUCAACAGCGUUGCUGCCCCCGCCGCCAUUGCAGUCGGCACAACAGCAACAGCAACAACAACAACAGCAGCAACAGAGAACGCAUUAUGCAAGCGCACAACAUUAUACAGAUCCAGCUGCAGCAGCAGCAGCCGCAGCCGCAGCAGCAGCGCAUCAUUAUGCAAGCAGUGCAGGCAGCAGUGCAGGUGCUGGUCAUGGCUAUUACUAAAAAAAAAAAAAAAAA